ACUAAUUCGAGUAUACAGUGUAAACAUUAUUUCUGUUGAUUACAUUUGCAUAGCAAAAAAAAAACACAUCAAGAUUUCAGUGACGCAUAUUUUUUUUGGUUAUCUAGAUCCUGAAUACGAAAAUGAAUGAUUCAACGAUGCCGAACGCAAUAAAUUUCAACUUAAAUCAUGGACAACCAGUGGCCAAACCACUGUACAUUCAACGGCUUGAGGCAAGCCUUAAUAUCGAUCCAUUUAUGUCAUAUGCACAAGAAAUUCUCUCGCAACCAUUAUCAAGUAGCGAAGAAUCGGAUUCCGAUGUUAAUACUGAUAUUUUGGCACCAGAUGAGAAAAUUAUGAAUGGCAUUGUCACAUCAAAAUGUGAUCGACAGAAUGAUAAAUUACAAAUAUACAAUCUAUCACAAAUUGGAUCGGAUCGCAAGUGGCUACAGGACAUAUUGUUGAGUGACACAGAAACCGAGCCAGAACCAUCCGAUGAAGAUGAAUACAUUCGAGAUAUGCUAAAAGAGCAUGUGAAAGAAAAGAAAAUUCGAUCGAAAUACUAUCAAAAUCCACAUAACUCACAAUUUGGCUACUAUGGUGCCAGUAUUCUAUCAAAUGUUGAUAUGUACAGUGAGCAUCAGCAUAAAAUUGUUGGCGUUACAAAGCAAAAGAAAGUGAAACUCACAAAAACGGGCAAAUUUCGAAAAUCGAAGAAAAAGCGUGGCGUAAAAACGGACAAUGAAAAUUUGGAACCAGGUGAAAUUGUUUGGGAUGAUGAUAUGUCAUUGACAAAAGAUGAUUCAAACGAUAAUCGUGAUUCGAAAGGCAAUGGCAUGGCCAUGACAAGAAAACAACGAAAGAAAAAUGCAUUGAGUAAAACACCCGAAGCAAUUGCGGCACGUCGUCGAAAAUUGUGGAUUUUAAUGGCGAAAAAAGAGUUGGGCAAAGUGCAACGGGCCAAAGUAAAUAAUCAUAAAGAAAUUGUAAGCAGUUGCAAGCGUAUAUCGACAUUGUGCAUGAAAACGUUCCGUCAGAAGGCCAUGCAAUCGCAGAAAAAUAUGAAAGAAACGAUAUGGAGAGCGAAGAGAUUAACCAGAGAAAUGCAAGGCUAUUGGAAACGGUACGAUCGGGUCGAACGCGAAACAAAACGACGCAUGGAAAAAGAGGCAGAAGAACAACGAAAGAUGGAUAUUGAGCUUAUUGAAGCAAAACGACAACAACGCAAAUUGAAUUUUUUGAUCACACAAACGGAGCUGUAUGCACAUUUCAUGUCAAAAAAACUGGGAAAGGGUACAGAAGAAGAGCAAUUGCGCAUUUUAAAUCAAUUGGAUGAAGAAGUAAAUCCCAGAUUGGCAGCACUCGACGAUUAUAACAGCGAUAAAAUGAAACAAAUGGCACAGAGACAAGCUAAAGAAGCAUUCAACACGGAACGUGAACGAACGAAAAAAUUCGAUACGUUGAGUAAACAAGAUCCAUUGUCACCUUUGCAACUCCAUACGGACGGUAGUAUAGAAGAAUUGCCACAGCCAUCAAUAUUUCAGGGUAAUCUAAAGGGAUAUCAAAUCAAGGGAAUGACAUGGCUUGCAAAUCUCUAUGAUCAAGGCAUUAGCGGCAUUUUAGCAGAUGAAAUGGGUUUGGGAAAGACUGUUCAAUCGAUUGCAUUCCUGUGUCACAUAGCCGAGCAUUAUGGUGUGUGGGGACCAUUCUUAAUUAUAUCACCGGCAUCCACGUUGCACAAUUGGCAACAAGAGAUGCAACGUUUCGUACCUGAUUUUAAUGUCGUACCAUAUUGGGGUUCGCCAAACGAACGAAAGAUAUUGCGUCAAUUUUGGGAACAAAAAGAUUUGCAUACAAAAGAAGCAAGUUUUCACGUUGUUAUCACUAGCUAUCAACUCAUUGUGUCCGAUUACAAGUAUUUCAAUCGCAUCAAAUGGCAAUAUAUGAUACUGGACGAGGCACAGGCCAUCAAAAGUUCAUCGUCCGUACGAUGGAAAUUGUUGCUUGGAUUCAAUUGUAGGAAUCGUUUAUUGUUGAGCGGUACACCCAUUCAAAAUAGUAUGGCCGAAUUGUGGGCAUUACUGCAUUUUAUAAUGCCAACAUUAUUCGAUUCACACGAUGAGUUCAAUGAAUGGUUUUCCAAGGAUAUCGAAAGUCACGCAGAAAAUAAAACUGGCAUUGAUGAGAAGCAAAUAUCGCGAUUACAUAUGAUUUUAAAACCGUUCAUGUUGCGCCGUAUCAAAAAAGAUGUCGAGAAUGAAUUGUCGGAUAAAAUCGAGAUCAUGGUCUAUUGUCCGCUAACAAUGCGUCAAAAUUUAUUGUACAUGGCAUUGAAGAAGAAAAUACGCAUCGAAGAUUUACUUCAAUACACCGAUCGUGGUGCAGAGCAUGGUGUCGAUAAGAAUUUCACAUCAAAUUUGAUGAAUCUUGUGAUGCAAUUUCGAAAGGUUUGCAAUCAUCCGGAUUUAUUCGAACGACGCGAUGCAAAGAGUCCAUUUAUCAUGAAAUGCGUUGAUUAUCCAAUUGCGCGGCUUGUUUAUGAAAAUAGCACACUACAACAAAUAAUUCCAAGCAAAGAGCAUUUAUUUUAUAAUCGAUUCAACAUAUUCAAAGCGGAGAAUGUACAGCGCUCACUAUUUCCAAAAGAUUCAUCUGAUCGAAAUGUUGAGUAUAAAAAUGUUAUCGAUCUGAAUUUAGAGAGCAGUUUUUCGUUUAGUCGUUUUUGUAAUUGGAGCCCACAAGAGUUGGACGAUACACAUUCGAAGGGAACAUUUUAUGCUCUUCUCAAACAAAAAUGGAUCAAUGAAACACUGAAACGGAUACAAUAUGCACAAACGUGGGAGAAAUCAAUCCCUUCUAGACAUUUACUUUUAACCGCUUCCGUUAAAUUGGCGAUAUUAUCAUUAAUCGAAUCGGAACACAGUCUGAUCUUUACGCGUUGGGUAUCCGAGCAUCCAUUUUUCACAUUCAGCGAACAAAUUAUAUACUCGAUGGCCGAAUCAAUUGAGCAUCGAAUCAUUCGGAGUAAAAUAAAUCAGACAGUUAAAUCGGAACCGCUCAUUCAAGAAAUAACCGAAAAAGUAUCGAAGAGAGAGGAUUGUAAUUUAUUGCCUGAACAUCAUUAUAUACCACGACCGCCAAGACACUUAAGGUGUGAACCAACUUCAUUGCCUGCUUUUAUCACUGGUUUGGCGCCCAAAGUUCAAAGCACUCGACGAAAAUACUAUGUUGACAGCAGAGCAGCAUCAUGGCAUCGAAUCAGAAAUGAAAGCUGCGAAUGUACAGAAGCUGCCGAAUUGUUGAAAAUUAGUUUCGACGAGUGUCGACCGUCAAUCGGAUGGUCAAACAUUCAAAUACCCGAUAAACAAGCGCUCAUCACAGAUUCGGGCAAACUUUCUUAUUUGGAUGGUUUGCUGAAACGUCUGAAAACACAAAAUCAUCGCGUACUAAUCUACUCACAAAUGACAAGAGUUAUUGAUUUAUUGGAGGAGUAUAUGUGGCAUCGAAAACAUCGUUAUAUGCGAUUAGAUGGUUCGAGUAAGAUAUCGGCUCGUCGCGAUAUGGUUGCCGAUUUUCAAAAACGUGAUGAUAUUUUUGUCUUUCUUCUGUCAACUCGAGCCGGUGGUCUAGGAAUUAAUUUGACCGCUGCCGACACAGUCAUCUUUUACGAUUCCGAUUGGAAUCCAACCGUCGAUCAACAGGCCAUGGAUCGUGCACAUCGACUUGGUCAGACAAAGCAAGUAACAGUGUAUCGAUUGAUUUGCAAAGGAACGAUUGAAGAACGUAUUUUACAGAGAGCCAGAGAAAAGAGUGAAAUUCAACGAAUGGUCAUAAGUGGUGGAAAUUUCAAACCAGAUACGCUUAAGCCAAAAGAAGUUGUAUCACUUCUUCUCGACGACGAGGAAAUUGAACAGAAAUAUCGUCAACGAAAUGAAGAAAAGCGGAGAUUAGCCCAAGAGGAGAAUACACGAUUGGAAGCAGAAAAAGAACGUAAACGGAAGGCAAUUUCGAUAAAAGUCGACGAUCAAAUUAAAAAGUUCCGUUCGGACAAAUCAUUUGGAGAGUCAUCGUUUACGGAUUUCAGUGAGAAAAGUAGUCCGGCCGAAUCGCUACUCGAACAACCGGUUAAUUAUGAGUCGAGCAGUGAAACGGUUGUUGUUGAUUGUGAUAGUUUAUCGAAUUCGAGCUCUCAAACAUUUUUGGUUGAUGAUUUGGCGAAUCGAUAUCGUAAACCGCCGCCAACUCGAGGUGCAAAACGAGGACGACCACGUGGUUCAAGGCGUGGAAAUCGUGGCGGUUUAAGCAGAGAUGCUAUUGUUGAUGUUACUAUACCGGCGGUGAACAGUGCUGAAAUCACAGAACAACCGUAUGAUUCGCCUGUCAAUCCAAAUGUGAAUAAAGUACGAAGAGGACCAGGUCGGCCACGCUUAAAACCGAACGGUCCAAGCAAUCAGGGAACACGUGGCUCAACACCCAAAUAUCGAAAGCCAAUGACGCCAUUAGUGGUGCCACUCGGUUCUUCUCCAGCACCAACUCCAACGGCAAUGAGUCCUGAGCGUUUAUAGCGUAGGGCCAUUUUAGCAUCUAAUAGAAAUAAGCCAUUUUAAAUUAAGUUAAUAUAAAAGGUUAAUUAAUUGUAUAAAUUUCAUGACAUACAAAUCGCUUAGAAACAUUUAAGAGAAAACAUUAAAGGUACAUUAAUCGUAAAAAAAACU